AUGGUCGGUUUCAUCCAUUCGUGUUUCAGAGCCAUAAAAAAACCCCAUCAAUGGGCGGAUGAAGAGGCUGAUGACCAAUUCCAGAGUAAAAAUCCUUCUCCUAGUCAUUCAGUCAAGUUUUCUGAUGAAAAGAAGUACAACAUAAAUGGUAAACCUGAUGAGGCUGACUAUGACGAUGAUGGUGAUGAUGAUGCUAGUCCCACGAGCGUUUUCUCGAUGCUCCCCGAGGGUCAAGGUAAUGCUGGCCUCAGUCCAAUGCGUCCCAAAACGCGGAGUGGUGGACGCGCUGAUCCAACGGUUGAUAGCGUCACCACCCUCUCCCCUCUGCGACCCGGCGCCAGCUAUACCAUUAGCACUAGCCAAUGGGACACCAGCUCCCAUGGUAUGACUUCGGUUCAUGCUUAUUUUAAAUGGCGUCUUGUCUUUUUGGGGAAAUAA